UAGGGAAAUUACUUAGAAUAACACACAUUUUAUGAGUAAUGACUAGAAUAACAUACCAAAACAAAGAAAGAAGAAAAAAGUGAGUUAAUGUCCAAAAUACCCAAUCAAGAAAUAUAUUUAAACAUAAUAUAACUUUUUUAAUACAGAAAAUGAAAGACUCUAGAUAAAGUAGAAGCUUUGGUUGAACAAAAAAGGUAAAAAAAAAAAAAAAUUUCUCCCCCACGACACUUUCUCUUUCCCGUGACCCUCCUCCCCAAGAACCCUAAAUCCCCAAAUUGUGUAAUCCUCAAAAUUUCGAUUCACUUUCUUAUUAAGAUGAUUCCUCAUCGAUUGGGUCAUGUCGACACUCUACUCUACCACUAAAAGCCUUCGAUUCCUCAUCCACUCGGCCGACGAACCCUAAAUCCCCUUUCUAAAGUUCAAAGUUUCGUCGAAGGUCGUAGCUUUAUUUACGUUUUCUCAGUUGUUUCUUUAGAUACAACCUCAUCUCCUCUUGAAGCUAUUCAAUUGACCAAAAAAUCGUGGCAUCAAGAGAUAUGACUACAUCAAGCACCCACAAAAAAUAUCCAGAAAGACUUUAUGAAGAGGGAAAAUGUCCACUGCAAUAUCGAUCAAUGAAUCAUAACUGUCACUUGGCUGGUUUGCAGAUGGUGGAGGAAUCUGUUGGUUUGGAUGCGUGGGAAUCCAUUAAGGCAUCUUCUGUUGGAGUUAUUAUAAGGUUGAAAGAGAUGGAUUAUACAUGGUCAGCCCAAGUCGUUCACCAUUUGCUGGCAAACCAACUGGUCGUGGAUAAUCUUCAUGAGCUAUGGUCUGCAAUAGAAGGACAGCCAAUCAGGUUUUCGCUAUAUGAGUUUGGUGAAAUAACAGGUUUGAAUUGCGACCCUUUCGACAUUAAUGAUAAGGUGGAGGUUGAUCAUAAGGCGUUUUGGGAAGAGAUGGGUGUGUCUCCUUCACAUGGUCCAAUGUUAUCUGAGUUGCGCGAAUUGUUUCCUCGCAUUAGGAAUUGGUCAUUUGAGAAGAGAAGAAUGAUUGGCUGGCUUUGUGUCUUAUCGAUUGGCAUAUUAGGCAUCUCUCCUGGUAGCAGAAUUCCUUUAGAAGAAGCGAAGAGAGUCCUAGACGCAGAAGCUUUUGAAAGAUAUCCUUGGGGGCGUGUCGGAUUUUCCAGCCUCGUUAAUUCAGUUAAGCUUGUUUCAUAUGAAGGAAAGAAGAAAUAUACACUUCGUGGAUGUGUUCAUGCUCUUCUCAUCUGGGUGUAUGAAUCAAUACCUGGCAUUGGGCAUGAAUAUGGGAACCAUAUUGACGGUAACCAAGUUCCUCUUCUCUCUUGGUCUGCAUCCCGUCCCCGUAUACAGUGGGAUUUGUUUUAUAAAAAAGAGAAAAAAGCUCACCAGAAGGUGCGUGUCAGACAUCUCAUUGUUAAGGCAGAAUCGGACAUAUAUCCUCAAUGGGAUGAUGACAAGGUUGAUGAUGAUCUUCAUAACUUGAUUUUAGACAUUCUACAUGACCAGCUUGAUGAUAAGUACUGGAGCUUGAAGGCAACUAAUGAACCAGUAGCAAUCAAAAAGCAAAGGAAUUUAGUGACUGAAGAAGAUCAUUGCAUGAAGAAAAAAAUUCAGCGAAGAGGAAAAUCACAGACUGUGGAUCCAGCCUUAACUCAGGUGGAGAUGAUGGAUUCAGGCAUGAUCUAAUGGAAGCAGUGAAGACAUUGACUGCAACGGUUCAAAAUGUGGACACAGUUGUUGCUGAGAAGGUGUUGACUACAUUAGACACAAAGAUUGAAGCAAAAGUAAAUGCAAGAGUUGCUCAAGCCGAGCAGGUACUUGGCAGUCAAAUCUUAGCAUUACAAGAACAAGUUGCUAAAAUUACAGAGCAGAUGCAAGAAACUGCCCCCAAAAAUGAUGGACACAUUGUAAACCAAGAAGAUGAAGUCAACAGCAAUGACCCGUCAUGGAUGGUCCAAGACAAGACACCAUUUGAUGUAGAUGCGGCAGUGCAGUGUGUGGUUAGAAAGAAAGCCAAGAAAUCCGAGGUCAAGCUAACGUCUCCUAUUCUACUUGACACUGUUGGAGGGAAGGUUACUAGAAAAAAUCAAGUAAAAGAACCUGCUGGAGGUUUGAUAAACGUUAAGAAGGAGAAGAAUGCAGUUCCACAACUUAGAGAUUCUGCUGAAACAUGGUCUGAUUUAGAAGAUAAGCAAAAAUAUGACAUCCACGGUAAAGCGAGGACUAUCACUUGUUGGUGAUGCUCUUAACUUCCAACUACAGCCUUCAAUCCAACACUUUACGAUUAGAAGAGUCGGCGUUGAGUACUCAACAUCAUAAUCAAAUUUUUGCACUAUCGUCAAGAUCUUAAGUCGUGUUGUUAAUGAAGACUUGGAGUCAAAACUUUGGCCAACAACUAUAUCUAUAGAAUCCAGUUGUUGCCUAACAUGAGUGACUACCUUAGCCUUUUUCGAUUUUGUUGCUGACCCAAUCUUUGGCUUAUACUCCUUCUUCAUCUCUAUAUCUAAUUCUGGAGUUAAUCCGUACCCUAUAAAGUCCUCGUCAUC